AUCGAGUUGUUGUUGCAUGGACAUUGACACAUUCGCCUAGUAGGUAACCAGGCAACCGAACGCAAUUUUCAUGCCUCACCGAAUAAAUACAUCAUAUCAGGAGGCUAAGAACGUGCGACUUGACCAAACAGCCCCUACCUUCCAGGUUUUUUUUUCAUCCUGAUCCCCUUGGAUCGGAAAGAUGACCACCUAUCAAGUGUGGCAUCCCUGGACUCCAUUUGAGGAUCAUUUUCAAUGGGUCAGAUACGGUCGCAAGUCCCUUCAGAAACGAGAUGGAACGGAGAUCAUACAGAUGUCUUCACCAUCAGACCAAGAAGUGGCCCUCUACCUGCAAAAUGACGUCGCAACUGAUGACUGGAAUCUCUUGGAUCUUCUAGGGGACACAGGGAAACUCACUUCUGAGAUGUGCCACACUUCAGAAGAUGAAUAUGAUAAUGCAACAAUCAUACAUAAACCUCAUCCCGUCAAACUCAGCUCCGUUGAUUCUGUAUUUGGGAGAGCUAUCACCAGCAGAGCACCAAAACUUGCAGGGGGCUUUCGUGCUUCAGAAAGCUCAGCUUUUACUGAGAUCAGCAUCGAUUCCCCCAUACCGACUUUAACUGCACGGUAUAAAAUUAAUUUUAUCAUGAUGUUUUAUAGGCAAUUAUUAAGGCUUGUCACCUUGAUUUACACAGCUUACCAGAAAUGUUUUUACCUGUUACAACAUCAAAUUUGA